AUGGUUAUGGUAGAAUAAAUUCCCUAAUUUGUUGAAAUUUAUACAGACAAACAACUGUCAAUGGAACCUAACCUAUUAAUUUGUGGGGGUUUUGUAAUUUAUAAAUUAAAAAAACAUGUUAUCUGUUCAAAGCAUAAAUCAGUCGGGUAUUCCUGACAAAAUGUGGCAACCCCCCUUUGUUCAAUUUGAAACGACUAUGGGGGAAUUUUCAGUAGAACUAUACUGGAAACAUGCUCCUCAAACUUGCCGGAACUUCGCAGAGCUCGCUAGAAGAGGCUACUAUAACAACACGAUAUUCCAUCGAGUGAUUUCGGAUUUCAUGAUUCAAGGUGGAGAUCCUACAGGCACAGGAAAAGGAGGGCUUUCUAUUUACGGGCAAACGUUCAAAGAUGAAAUCCAUCCCGAAUUGAAGCACACGGGUGCCGGUGUGUUAUCGAUGGCUAAUUCGGGACCCGACAGUAACGGGUCUCAGUUCUUCAUUACGCUGGCUCCAACGCAAUGGUUGGAUGGCAAACAUGCUAUUUUCGGUAGGAUUCAUUCUGGGAUGACGGUCAUUCAGAGGAUAGGACUGGUGGAGACGGAUAGGAAUGAUAGACCGGUAGACGAGGUGAAGAUAUUGAGAGGAAAAGUGUUGAAAAGUUAGGAUACAAGACAUUUUUUUUUUUUAAUAAAAAGUGGAACAAUCUAUUUGUUAAUAGUUUAAAAAAAUCCCUAAUUUAUUUUUGUGUAUAUGUAAGCAAAAAUGGAUUGUAAAGAAUGCCAUGUUAGUCACUAAAACAAAUUACAAGCUGUUCGUUACCUCAAUCAUUUUUUAAGAAUUUGUAUUUAAUGAUUAUAUAACUUAUGACAGUUGAGACAAAAAUUGAAGGUUAUAUAUUAACCUUGAAACUAAAGUGAGAAUUCGGUACAUUAGAACUACUAAGCAAAUAACCUACUUUCCUUAGGAGUUUCGCUUAUUUUAAUUUUGAUCUUUAUAAAUUUUAACCCAUUAGAUACUAAUAAAACACCAAACAAAAAAUC